CAAACGCACAUGUCAUUGCGCAAACCAACGCGACAAAGACUAGAACAAAACCGACGUAAAUUAUGUGCGCAACGCGGGAGAUUUUAAAACGUAAUGUAAAUAGCUAUAUUUGAGCCGUGUUAGCUACAAGUGUGUCAAGAUGUUGAAACGAGUACCCAUGUCUAAAUUAAAGUCUCUAAUAAAGAAGAAAGCCCACAUUCGCAUAGGGACAGCUGCAGAUGCAAUGGUUGAGUUGAACGUGCUGCUGUUUCUGCAUAGCCUGGCAGAAGAGGCAAGAACGAAAGCUUUUGAGGAGAAAUCGGCAACUAUCAAAGCAUGCCAUGUGAAAGCAGUAUGCAAGAAACUGCUGAAACAAGCCAGAGGAUGAAGGGGAGAGAACUUUCUAUAACAACAUGAUAUAACAACUGAUUGUUCAUGUUGAACUGUUCCUGUGCUGAGACUUAAGAUAAACAUUCACCCAUAGGUGGAACACCGCAAGAUACAGACUACAUUUUAUUGGUCACUGUUUUGUUGUUUGAAAUUUACAUAUUUACAAAUUUACAUAUACAUAUUUCUGUGUAGGUCUUGUCCUGGCCAUGUUCUGUUGAGAUUUGGUGUAAGAUGUAGCUUGUCUACAGUUUUGCUUGUGUGUCUUAUUAGUUUGUUUUUACUUAGGCUGUUGUUUAUUAGGCCUACAGUACCCUAUUAAGUACAAAAAAAUAUUUGGCUCUGUAUUGCAAAUGUUUGGAUUUUAAAAUCAAAUAAUUCCAAUUAGAUGAAGUAUACUCUUAAAAAUAUUUAAUAAAGCUUUCUACACAUUAUCUACCUGGAAAAUUAAAGAUUUUGUAGUUUAACUUUUAAAAUCUCUUGAUUUUACAAUGAAUCUAUCUCAGUAACAAUUAACUAUUUAGGAGGUAUUUUUGUACAUAUGUCAAAUCUCAAAAACAGAAGAAUGCUUUCAUCAAAGGUACACCUAUCCAUUAUUUUGUAAUUGCACGAACUCAGUGGGACAGUGACACUCAAUGUUUGGCUGUCUCAUGAACAGAUGAGAACAAGUUUUGGUAACUAACUUUCAACUUUAUACCAUCCUGAGUCAAUGUAUCUUUAUAUAUUGAUUUGCCAUUUACAAUAUACUGUAUCAUUUACAUAAUCCUAUUGUUGUUUCUUUGCUCUGUCCUCUGGUUAUUUAUUACUCAACAAAUAAAAAGCUUAAUUUGUGUUUUACCAAGUAA